GCUUGUUGUGCAGCUCCAGCCAUCAUGCCGCCGCCACCUCGCCGCGGCUCUGGCAAAAGCCGCGGACGCGGGGGUCGCGGAAGUGACCGCUAUCGCAGCAGCAGCCACAGAAAUGGAAGCGAAAGCUCCAACGCGAAGCCUAAGAAGCGCGAGCGAGGGAGCAGUGGCAACAAGCGCGGUGGGGGCCGGGGUGGCGGUGGGUCGUCCACUUCUUCGUCGUCGUCCGCUGCCACGUCCGCGAGGCCCGCACGUGCCAUAACGAUGGUACUGAAGAAGCUGGUGGUGCGCAACAUACCCCCAACGGCUUCGGAACAGGAAGCGCGUGAACUAAUGCAGGCGCAUGGGGUGAAGAACGAGUUGAUCUGGCGCUUCGUGCCUGGCCGCCAGCGCAGCAACAACCGCCCACCAACUCCUGCACGUCUCUACGUGGACAUGAAAAAGGAGCCGGAAAGGGCGCGUAAGCUCAUUGCGUCACUACACGGACAAUUCUUCUACCCAGAUACCAAGGACAAAGAAGGCACCAAGCCGCUGGACGUUGAGUUCGCCCCUUUCCAGAAAAUCCCACGCGAAAAGCAGCGCAAGGACGUGAAAGUUGGGACGAUAGACUGUGAUCCAGAGUACCUUGCGUUCCUGGAGGAGCUGGCCAAACCGAAAGACAAACUCCCAAGUGCUGAGGCACUUGUGGAUAUGGCAGAAGGUGAGACGCUGGAGAAGCCUGUGGCGGCGUUGGUUAAGUACCUGAACGAGCGAAAGUCUCACAACCGUGACAAGUGCAGGGGAAAAUCUGGUGGCAAGUCAGCUGACAAGAAUGGGCAUAGAGUGAAGGGAAAGAAAGACGGAUCGAAGCCAAAAGCGGCGAAAGAUAAGGUGAAAUCUUCAAAGGAUCGUCAGAAGAAAGGCACUGGCGACGCGGCUAGAGCCCAAGUUUUCUUAGAUCCUAAAAGCCGCAAGCCGCGCGGAAGAUCAUCAUCGAAGAAGGAGUCAACCAAGCCAGAUUCAUUACUGAAAGCUGAGCCUAACCAGCCUGGAGUACUCUGCAUCAUGACCCCAAAAUCUGCUUCUACGGCCAACGAUUCUAUUCCUGCUCCCGCUGCCAAGGCGAACGGGACUUCUCCGUCACUGGAUACUUCGUUGGCACGCGGAUCUGAGAAGUGUGGCUCCAAAGGUGGAAAGAAAAAUGCCGGUCGUGGACGAAACAAUCCCAAAAAAGGUAAAGAUGGCGGCGAUGGAGCAGACGGUGAAGGUUUCACGAAGGCUGACUCAAAGCCUUCUCAUUCACGCGGUAAGGGUGAAAACGCUGGCAAGAAGGAGUCAAUCAAUAAGGGAGAACGGAAAGUAUUUGCGCCGAAGGAUGCCACUGCGCAAGGUACACCUGCCGAGAGUUGAUGCUUGCAAGAUCCGAUCCAAGCACAGCGUCAGUCAGCAAUAGUGGAGGUGUCAUGCUAAAGGUUACAGCAUAA